CAAGACUCCAUCUGGGCUGCUGGCGAUGCUUGGUCCAACAUGUCGGCUGGGAUAUGCAAAAUGACCCCCUUCUUUCCGACACAGUGUGUUGUUGACUGGUGUUGUCCAUUUUUACAUUGGGCUUCCCAUGAGAUUUCGCACCUGGCGAAUUGCUGGUGUCCUGCUGGUGGCGCUGUUGCAAGCUGCCGCUACUACCGCCUCAGCGUUAGACCAAGAGAGUUACAGCUCCGACAGCAGCACCAACACCGUAGUGGCCGCCGCUGCAGCAAACAACAACGACUAUCCACCGCCGACCACGUACCCGCCCCCCACAACCUAUCCAUCUCCCUCCAUGAAAAAAUGCAGCCCCAAGCCCACGCCCUCUCCGAAAAAGAAGUCGUGCGCCCCCAAAAUAACAACAACCCCCCCUCCUCCACCCCCCAAGAAACCAUCCUGUGCCCCCAAAACAACAACAACCCCCCCAUCCCCUAGAAAGUCGUGUGCGCCUAAAACAACACCCCCCAGCCCCCACUCUCUGAACCCCCAAGUGCAGAACCCGGACCCGGGCGUGACGAAGCCCCCAUCCGCUUGCGUCGGCUUUUGGGCGUCCUGUGACACUGCGCGGGCGUGCUCCACGGGGGCCACGUGCGUGGACGGCACCUGUCGACCGGUUCGCGUCGGGUUUGAACAGUGCGGGGGAAAAGACUGGCUCGCUGAGUCUGUGUGCGGGACCGCCCUCGGCUGGACCUGUGUUCGGCAAGCACCCUUCUUUGCACAAUGUUUACCCGAGGCAUCCCUUCAGUGUCAUUCGUAGCUCUCCCGAGUUUAACAUAUAUUGUGCAUUAUUCACCCAAAUAGGAGUACUGUAGAGUUCCUGUUGAGGGCUCCAGUUUCAAAUCGAUUGGACAAUAAUAUUAAUAUAUAUAUAUAUAGAUUGUACCCGAGA